CCCGAUCUUCUCAAUACACUGGGAGACAAAAGACAAGAUAACAAAAAAAUGUCUUCCACGCCAACGCCACGUCUCUCAUCAGACAAGACAGAGCGCGGCUCCAUACCGCCGCCCCUGAGUCGUGACAAUGACAUCGAAAAGGAACUCGCUGUAGCUGGCGCCGAUGAGACCAAGAAGGACGAUACAGUUCUGGAGGAGGUCGUCAAGACUGAUACGGUGGCGACCAAUGCCACUCUCAACUAUCCUAAGGGCGUGAAGCUGGUGUCUAUCAUCAUCGCUCUUUGUAUGGCGAUUUUCCUAGUUGCGCUAGAUCAGACGAUUAUCGCCCCUGCGCUGGGCACGAUCACGGCGAGAUUCCAGAGUGUCAAGGAUAUUGGCUGGUAUGGUUCGGCCUAUCUGCUCACCGCCACAGCCCUCCAGCCAAUGUACGGCGCUCUCUACAAGUACUUCAACGUCAAGUGGUGCUAUCUCGCCGCCAUCUUCAUCUUUGAGAUUGGCAGUCUGCUCUCGGCCGUGGCGCCGUCAUCAAAGGCGCUGAUUGUUGGGCGGGCCGUUGCGGGAGUUGGAACGGCUGGCUUAUUCUCUGGAUCCAUUGUCAUCAUCUCUCUGUCGAUGCCCCUCGAAAAGCGUCCCAUUGCCUUUGGUCUCAUCGGUGGCAUGUGGGGAAUUGCCUCUGUUGCCGGUCCUCUCCUCGGCGGUGCUUUCACCGAGAAGGUUUCCUGGAGAUGGUGCUUCUACAUCAACCUCCCCAUCGGUGGUCUUGCCAUGUUCAUCGUUGUCCUCCUACUGCAUGUCAACCGCAACUCGGACGAUACCCUGGGCAUGACCGUCUUGGAGCGCAUCCUCGAGAUCGACCUUUUGGGCACUGCCAUCUUCAUUCCUGCCAUUGUGUGUCUCAUCCUGGCCCUGCAGUGGGGUGGCGCGGAAUAUGCUUGGAGUGAUUCCAAGAUUAUUGGCCUGUUCGUCGGCUUUGGCCUCAUGAUCCUCGUCUUCGUUGGCAUUCAGUUCUGGAAGGGAGACAAGGGAACCUUGCCACCGCGAAUGUUCAAGAACCGCAAUGUUCUUGCUGCCAUGAUGUUCAGUCUCUUCUUCGGCGCUGGUUUCUUCCCCCUCAUCUUUUAUCUUUCUCUCUAUUUCCAAGCCAUCCAGGGUGUAAGUGCCGUCACCGCCGGUAUUAAAAUCUUGCCUCUGCUCCUUUCCAGCGUGUUCAUGUCCAUCGUCACGGGUGGCCUCAUCCCCGUUAUUGGCUACUACAACUUCCUCAUCCUCCCAUCCAUGGUUCUGUAUACCAUCGGAUGCGGUAUGAUUACGACGUUCGCCGUCCACACCCCGCUGAGGGAGUGGUUCGGAUACCAGGUCAUCGCCGGCUUGGGCAUUGGAGCUGGAUUCCAGGCCAGCGUCUUGGUUGUGCAGACGGUCCUCCCUCAGGAAUGGGUUCCUGUCGGCACUGCUUGUGUGCAGUUUUUCCAGAUCCUGGGAGGCGCAGUAUUCGUCGCUGUUGCUCAAACCCUCUUCCAAAACGGACUCAUCGACCAGCUUGCCAAGAGCAACACUGGCAUCAACCCCGAGCUUUUCAUCAACAGCGGUGCUUCUGAAAUCAAGUCUGUGCUCCAAGGCAUCGGCCGAUUGGAUGCCCUUGAAAUCGUUCUCGAGGCGUACAAUACCGGUUUGCGCCAUACUUACUACAUUUCCGUGGCAUGCGCCGCCCUUGCAUUUGUGUGCAGUCUCGCCUUCGAGUGGAGGUCAGUGAAGAAGGGCGCCAACGGUAGGAAGCCUGAGAUAUCAGUGGGUAUGGCAUAGACUGGGAAACCAAGUCAUCACUCCACUCUUGUUUGAAAAUUUUCGUUUCGAGCCUUGUAUUUUAUUCAUAUCCACAUCAUCUUGGACAUUUAUGACGAUGGUGCAAAUGCGUCUUUUGAACUGUACAGCGUAAUGAGCUAUGGAAAUAGAUCCCUUGGCA